AUGGAGGAGUUGACAAACGCUUUCGCAGAGACAGUUGAAGUUUCAAAUAACGGUGCUUCUUCGCACAAAGAACCGCGAAUUCGUCAGUGGAAAACGUCUUCGAAAUUCGGCGAUCAGAAAAUCCGCCGAGAGAAUCGCCUCAAAGAGCUCAAGGAGAAACGUGACCAGGCAAAAGCCACGGCUAGGAAGUUAUCGAAUGAGGAGACAGGCAAUCGUCCUGAGGGAAAAGUGAUGAUGGAGUUCAAGGGAGCUCUGAUGCAGUCGGAAUGGCUGAUUGAUACGCCAGAGAAUUUCGAGGACUGGGUGGUGAAGGUGUGCCCGAUCGGAAGGCGAAGAUUGCUUCAUGCGAGCUACGGCGAAACUUGUCUGUAUAACGGCCGAGGACAGAGGACUCAUAAGACGUAUUCUGGCUUGCCUGGAGGAUUCUAUGGCUCAUCUCAUUGUGAGACUCUUCUCGAUGGAAUCAUGUGCUCUGAUACUUGGACAUUCUAUGUUCUUGACAUCCUGACAUGGGACAACUACCAUGUAAGAGACUGCGACUUUGAGUUCCGGCACUUCUGGCUCAAUCAGAAAUUAGAAGACUUCGCUCAGAAAAAAGGAGGGCUCCGAAUUGUUCCCGCGCCGAGUUUUGAGAUGACCAAAAUCAACACCUUUUUGGAGCAAAGAUUGGUGGAGAUUUUCCCGAACGAGAGCAUCGUGCCUCUUGUUGAUGGGUUUAUGUUUUACCAUAAAGGCGCAGACUACACGAACGGGACCACGCCACUCGUUGGCUGGCUGAAACCGGAACAUCUCCAAGAUCAAUUUCCAAACGCGAAGAUAAGCUUGGAGUACUUGAAGAAGCCCUUCAUGGAUCUUAGACGACAAUUUGAUGCUCCUGACGCACUUACUACUGUCAUGAACUGA